AUCUGGGAACAGUUGAACAGUAGAACAGUAACUUUUUGACAGGAGUCGAGAAUAGUCGGUACAGCUGUCAACAUGGAGUUUAAUUUCAGUAUUAAUGCGCUAUUUAAGGAAAAAAUAGUGAAGGUGAAAAACAAUUUGCUGCCAGAAAACUAUUCUUCUGACAGAAGAGGAGAUGGGGAUGUUGUUUCUAAAGUUGCAGAUGUGCUGGACAAAAUGGGAGUUGUUUCUGCCAAAGCACAGAAUCUCCCUGUUGCAAUUACCAGUGCUUCAAAGUUGCGAAACACUGACCAUGUGGUGUAUGUCAUGACAGAUCCUGAUGGAAACAAGGGGCAUGGCACAGUUGUUGGAAUUUUAAAAGUUGGCAGCAAAAAAUUGUUCAUUUACAAUAUGACUGGUGUUCAAUGGGAAAUGGAACCCCUUUGUGUACUGGACUUUUAUGUCCAUGAAUCAAAGCAAAGAACUGGCUGUGGACGUCUUUUAUUUGAUUACAUGCUGCAGGAUCAAAGAAUCAGCCCUAAUCAUUUAGCACUAGAUCAGCCAUCAGAGAGUUUCUUGUCCUUCAUGUGCAAGCAUUAUGGACUCGACAGUAUAAUUCCUCAGAUGAACAGCUUUGUGGUCUAUGAUUGCUUUUUUGAUGGUCGUUCUGACAAAGGCAGAGGAUCCUCCAGCCACGGUAGUACUGGCUCAAAGACCAGGACCACUGUCCAAAGUGUUAAAGCAUAUUCUCGCUCACAUGAACCAUCAACUCCAAGUUAUGGAAGACAUUCAGCAAAGAAAGCUGGCAGUGUCAUGGCAGAGUACAUGCAGGAUCCAUCCUUGAUGUCACGGAAUGGAAACAGACAUAGCUCCCUUCCUACUAACCAGUCUCCUGUCAAGACAAGUGCUUACAAGAUACAGACGGCUGAGGAAGUAAAUGGUUUGGACUCGCAAGCACAGAUGCGCCCCACUUCCCUCCCUGAGAAGCUUAAUGGGCCGUGUUCCACAUCGGAAUCAAACCAUCCAUUUGAAACCCUUGUUGAUGUACCUGAUGCCUCAGGUGACAAUUCAAUUGAAAAUGGUGCAAAUGCAGCAACUCCAGAAGAAGUUCCUGGCAAGCUUGAUCUGAAAUUCCACCACACCCAUCUGUGUGAAUAUUGCGAUGAAUGGUCCACCAACCACCAGAGUGUGCCACUUGCCCAAUAUGGCCAUUAUUGGUCAUCUAUUAGUGGGCUUUUCAGUGAGGAUCAAGAUUCUCAAACAGAUGGUGAGAUGUACCAAAAUGGCAACAGUUCUAAACAUCGCGUGCGCAAAGUUUCAAAUAUUCCCAUGGGAGAGGACGUUGUGGAUGUGGAUGAGGCUGAGCCUCCAAAAUUGAAUUCCGACCAGAAUGAUCAUCCUUUCCGAGUUGGGACUAAUGGUUCUCGGGAUGUCCGGAUCAAGAAAACAAUGUUUCAAAAUCUCAGUCCUUACAGAAAGUGAACAGCUAUUGUUGUUGGAGAGGCAUAUAAACUUGCCUUUCCAGCAAUAUUAGGUAAUUAAGAAAUAUUUCAUCUAGCAAGACAGUUUAGGACUUGAUUCGUCACAAUUACAUUUGAUUAAUUAAUACUGUACCAACACAGAUUUUUAAAAAAUUAUACUGAGUGCCCAUUAAUUUUUGAAUUUAAAUGAGCAAUAACACUGCAUGAGAAUCAUUAUUUUCUAGUUUGUAUUACUCUCUAAAGCAGCAAAAAUAAUUUUAUAAAAUAAUUAAAAAUGUAUACUUGAUGAAGAUGAAAAGCUGUACCUGAGUUCAAGUCACUCCAUUUUAUAUUAUCCUUGAGUUAAAUGAUUGAAAAGGUAUCUAUCUUUAACAAAAGUAAAUAUAUGUAAUACACCGAUCAAAA